AUGGCGACUUGGGGCUCAAGCUGGUCUCGACACCAGGGGGCGUGGUUGGCUCUGUUUCCAGCCUCGGGUCUCCUCAACUCGACUGGCAUCUUCCAAGCAUGGCUCCUCGUCAACCAGCUUGACGACUAUUCAGAGCCUCAAAUCGCAUGGAUAUUCAGCACAUUCGCUUUUCUUUUCUUCUUUGGGGGCAUUCAGGCGGGUCCAAUAUUUGAUCGGUAUGGUCUCAAAUACUUGUUCCCUACUGGACCAUGUGGCUUGGUGGUCUCGCUGGUAUGGACGAAUUUCUGGUCUCUCCUACCUGGUGGUAUCGGAGGCCUUUGCUAUACCCUUGCAUUUUCGCGUCUCUCACAUCAAAUCGGAUUUCCCUGGACAAUGCGAUGCUUUGCGCUCAUUACCUUGUUGUGUUUCCUAGCCAGUCUGCCCUUACUCAAGACACGGCUCCCAGCAAAUACAACCUCGCGGGUUGUUCUCGACUGGAAGGGUUUUGAAGACACUAGGUUCACACUUACAAUGAUGGCAAUAUUUAUUUUGGAUUGGGCUGUUUUGGUGCCUCCAGCAUACAUCACCACAUACGCCUCUUUCUAUGAACACAAUGACCUCUCUCCCAACAAACUAGCAAUUCUCAACUCGGCAUCUACCUUGGGACGUUGUCUACCUGGGUUUGUUGCCGAUAGGCUCGGUCGAUUCAACGUUAUGAUCAUUUGCGCGACUCUCUCCAAUUUAUCAAUCUUUUGUUUAUGGCUUCAAGCGAGAUCUAGCGCUGCCGUUGUCGUUUCCUUCGCUGUAGCCUAUGACUUUUUCAGCGGCACCGCUUUCAGCUUGACGCCAGUAUGUGUAGCUCAGCUCUGCAAAACAGAGGAAUAUGCCACAACGUAUGGCACGGCCUAUGGCGUGGUGAGCUUUGCCACAUUGGCUGGAGUUCCCAUCUCAGGGUUCAUCUUAGGCACAAGUGACGGCAACCACUACACCGCCUUGGUUCUGUUCUGUGGCACAGCGUAUGCAGUCUCGUCUCUUCUUUUUAUUUUUGCGAAGGGGACUAGUCAGCAUUGGAGGCUCUUGUCUAUAUCCUAG